GCAGUAGUGACAGCGGCCGCCGAUGCAAUGUGUGGUACAAGGUACUGGGACUUAUUUCAGGCUGUGUUUUGGGGUGAGUCGUGGGAAAGAACCAAAAGUCUCCUGGACAAACAUCCAGAAGACUGCUUGACUGCAAUAAUUUCACCAGCCCGGGGUGGAACGGUUCUUCAUGUUGCAGUUUCAGGUGGGCAUUUGCACUUGGUAGAAAAAUUGGUGGAAUUGAUGAGCCCAGAUGCCUUAACCACAACUACAAGGGAGUGUCCUGAUACUCCCCUUAACAUUGCUGCACGUUGUGGAUUCACAAAGAUUGCAGAGUUCCUGGUGAAGAAGAAUUUGUAUUCCUUACAAAUCCCAGAUCAGGAUGGCCUUGUUCCAGUUGCUACGGCUAGCCGAUUUGGACACAAAGACACGAUACGUUACCUUUACGCGGUCACCACCAAGGAAACACUAAUUGAGGGAGACCACCGUAAGAGUGGUGCUACACUUCUUAUUGGUGCAAUUUUUCAUGAUAUGUACGAUAUUGCUAUUGAUCUGCUUGACCACUGCCCACAGUUAGCUAUUGCUUUUGAUUUCACUGGUGGGACGGCUAUUCGAGCAUUGGCAACAAGCCCAAAUGCAUUUCCAAGUGAAGGACUAUAUAGUAUAUGGCAACAAUGGAUCUACAUAUGUGCCCCAACCUACUAUGAAAGAGAUAUACCCAGUCUUGACGUGGGUGACACAAAAAGGGAUCAUUUUACUAUUGAAGCUAGCCGCUGGUUGUAUGGAGUAGUUUGGAGUGCACUCAACCCUUUAGUCCCAGGUAUCAAAAGCAUUCAAAAUAAGAAGAGAAUUCAUGUCCAAGCCCUUAAAGUACUCAAAUGCAUUUGUUCCCAAAUUUCAAGUUUGGAUGAAUCAGAACCACUAGCAGUUCAAGUGUAUGAAAGCCUUUUCACAGCCACAAAGUUAGGGAUUGUUGAGAUCGUCAAUGAGCUUAUAAAGAUAAAUCCUAACUUAUUACUCAUUCCGGAUAAGCAAAAUCGAAAUAUAUUUCAAGUUGCAAUUCUGUAUCGGCAAGAAAAAAUCUUCAAUCUCAUCUGUGGAAUAAGUGGACAGGUGGCUUUGCUUUCACCUUUGACGGAUAAUGACCGAAACACCAUAUUACAUCUAGUUGGAAAAUCUCCUCCUUCCUCUCAAGAACAGGGUAAGAUGCCAGGUGCUGCUUUGCAAAUGCAACGGGAACUACAAUGGUUUAAGGAGGUGGAGAAAAUAGUACCAUCAUUUGUUAGAGAAUUUCCCAACUUAAAGGGCUUAAAUCCUGGAGAGAUGUUUACAGAGGAGCACAAGAAAUUAGUAGAAGAAGGGGAGAAAUGGAUGAAAGACACUGCAGGUUCAUGUACGGUUGUUGCUACACUAAUUACAACCUUUACAUUUGCAGCAGCUUUUACUGCUCCAGGAGGAUUUAAUCAAGAUUCAGGCUUUCCCAUUUUCUUGAGCGACAAACAGUUAUUUUUCCCUUUUUUAAUAUCAGAUUCUCUAUCACUCUUCUCUUCUUCAACUUCAGUGUUGAUGUUUCUGUCCAUCUACACAUCGCGUUACACAGAAGAAGAUUUUCUCGAGUUGUUGCCGAAGCGAUUGAUAAUUGGUCUCUCCACCCUUUUCUUCUCUAUGGCAACAAUGAUGGUGGCCUUUUGUGUAACCUUAUUUCUUAUCCUCAGUAGACAAUAUGACUGGGUUGCCAUUCCCAUCUCUUUACUUGCUGGUAUCCCAGUUACAUUGUUCAUUGUGUUGCAAUUUCCCAUCUUUCUUGACAUGGUUCGUUCCACAUAUGGUCCUGGAUUAUUCAUUAGGCCCAAAAAAAAAUAAGACCUU